CUGACCUUGCCGCUGCUUUGUUAUUGCUGACGAUUUGACAAAGUGGCCACAGAUAUCUCUCUCGCUGAACGAUUGGCAGGGUAGUGCUGCCGCACUAGAAGUUUGCUAGAAAUUGUGUAUCAUAUUUAGGUAACUUUAUGGUGUAAUUCUGUUAAUGGAGGAAACGCAGGAGAAAUCGCACCCGGGCAAACCGGGCUCGUCGUCCCGGGGAGUGUCGCGGGUGCUGGGCAAACUGCGCGCCUCGGUCGAGUCGAAGAACUUCUACGAGGCGCAUCAGAUGUACCGCACGCUCUACUUCCGGUACGUGUCCCAGGGGAAGUACGCGGACGUGCUGGAGCUGCUGUACGACGGUGCGCUGACGAUGCUGGAGCACGAACAGUACAGCAGCGGGGCCGAUCUCGGGCUGCUGAUCAUACAAACGCUCGAGAAGGCGGGCAGCACGGUCGAGACGCCCGAGCAGUGGAUCAAGCGGCUGGCGGAGCUGGUCAGCAAGAUCAAGCCGACCGUCGUCGAUCGGGAAGCGUUGCUUGUGAGUAUAACCCAGUACCUUAUCCCCCCCCCCCCCCCCCCCCUUCCGGCCAUUUCUCUGUAUCUAAAUUCGUGCCCUUCUAACGAUCCUCCAAUGCAAACGCUCCAGGACCGGGCCAUGAAGUGGAGCGGCUCGCUCGUGUCGUCCCCGACGGGCCACCCGCUGAUGCACAAGCUGUUCGCCCAGAUCCUGUACCGCGAAGGGGACCUGACGCUGGCCCGGCGCCACUUCGCGCUCGCCAAGGACGGCGUCAGCUGCGGCUUCCUGCUGAUCGAGAUCAGCUGCGCCAAGGGGUUCCCCGGCGAGGUGGACCUGUUCGUCGGGCAUACCGUGCUGCAGCAGCUCGCCCUGAAGGAACCGGCAACGGCCGCGAGCACGUUCGCCACCUACUGCAAGUUUCACGCUAGCAUCGCCUGCACGGAGCCGCCGUUCGCGAUGCCGCUGCUCAACUUUCUCCACUUCCUGCUGGCGCUGGUCGAGCAGAACAAUCGCAUGUACGCCACGUUCCGGGCGCUGUGCGAGCUGUACAAACCGUCGCUCGAUCGCGACCCGUCCUACGAGAAGUAUCUGCAGAAGAUUGGCGUCAAGUUCUUCGACGGCAGCCGGUACGAGCAGCGCAACUUCAUGUUCAGCGAUCUGCUGCAGCAGUUCUUCAUCGAUCUGGAGGAGGACGAGCUCGAGGAGGGCACGACCAUGCACGGCGAGGUGGACUAGUUUGGGGGUUCUUUUUUUUGUUGUUGCUGUUGUUGUGAUCACGGACGGGACGUGUCGCUAUCUGAGGGCGCGCAGAAAGUCGUUACAAUAUGUGAGAGGAGCGUAGGCACAGAGAAGCAGGGGUGAUUGCGGAUUAGGGAAUAUGAAUUUUCUUUCAAAUCAAAUGAAUUUUAUGUUUGCGAGGAGGAGCGAAACGUGUGCGAAUUUGCUGGUGGUGGAGGUGAUAUUGUUAGCUUACGAAUACUGGAGGUGGGGGGGGGGGGGGGGGGGUACGGUUCUAGCCAUCUUUUUUGUGGGCAGUUGGUGACUGAACUCAUGUCAGUCCUUGCUAGCGGGGGACGGUCCAUUCUAGGCUUGAACCCACACGUCAACACCCAAUACAAAACCGAACGCCAAACCUGGAUUAAUUCAGCCUGAAACAAAUAUAGGCAAACGCCGAUAUAUCGCAGGCACGAUCAGCUCACGAAUGAUUGAUUUUGUUUUGCCCGAAGUAUAAAUAUUUGGUCAAGAAUGUACUUUAACCCAUUUCUAACAGAGACGAAACGAAAAGAAAACGAUUUUUAAAUGACUCGUGGUUUGUACACGAACGGUCAUAAUUCACCUAAUAGGCUGCAAUGUCGGCAAUUCUGGUUUAAAUUAUAGAAGGGGCCACUAAUUGUAAUAAUGAGGCAGAAUCAGAUAACCAAUAGCACUGUUUAAACAAGAUUAAUAAGACCACACAUACCCGCACGAACAGACAAUUAUUGUAGACUCAAACUGAGACCAGCGAAGGAAAAUGGAUCCGCAGCGUGCACGUGCUUUCAAACAAUCAAUAAUACACUGGGAAUCGCGGCAUUCCCCGCCAGAGCACGUGUUACGGAGGUGUACGAUAUUGUAACUGAAUUGUAACUGAAGAAAAAUAACGAAAGACGAUUGAGCUGAACUGAAGGAAUUUACGGCUUGAGUUAGCGCCAUCCA